AUGAAUAUGCUGAUAAAAUAAAUGAGAAAAGGCAUGAAGGGAAAGUAGGAUAUAGUAAUGACAUAAAAAUUUAUGUAAACGACAUAAAAAAUGGAAAAAACUCUACUUAAUAUAUUUAAAUUAGAAUAUUGCUCAUAUUCAAGCCUUCUUUCAAUAGUUAAACACCUCAAUAAUUGUAAAGGAUAUUAAAAUAUUUAGCAUGAAGUGGAUUAGACUAAAAUUGCUACUGAAUAAAUUUAAUCUUACAUUUAUUAGAUUUAAAAAUUUAAUUGA